ACUUACCUCCUUCCUAUAUUAUACCCUCGCAACCAACCUGUUUAAUUCUUCCUGUUCUUCUUCUUCUUUCAUGCUUUUGCCAGAGCAAAUAAAACAAACUCUCACAUUUCCUCUAUUGAAACUACUGUGUUCUAGUAAAAAAGAUCACAUCUUUUUGUGAAAAUCUUGCACUGAUUGGAAAAAAAAGAAAGUGGGUCUGGGUUUUUUAUUUUCUUGUUUCCAAAGGGUUUUUUGAGUUUCUUUUCCUUGUCCCAAUCUUCAAAUGCCGACAGUUUGUAUUCAAGAUAUUGGCUUUAGAUCCAAAAAGUGAACUGGGUUUUUGUGGGUUCUGCUUGUUUAAUGCUGUAAGCUUGAAAGAAAAAAAAGCCUUUAUUUUACUUAUAAAAAUGUCCUGUUCAUUGAAGAGUGGUUUCUACGUUUCUGGGUCCAAUGAGACUCUUAUUAUUCCAGGCUCUAAAACCAAAGGGAUUGUUGGCUUUUUUCAAACCAGAAAUUUUUCAGGUUUAAGUAUUGAUUUCAAUGGCCAACCGUUAGUUGUCUCGGAUCAGAAACGUUUAAGAGCUUGGAACAUCAAAGCAACAAACAAAUUCGCUGUUCAUGCACGAGCAUCAGUCUGUGUUAGUAGAUCUCUUAGAUGGUGGGAGAAGACCCUUAAACCAAACAUGAUAGAGAUCCAUUCAGCUCAAGAACUUGUUGAUUCUUUGCUCAAUGCUGGUGAUAGACUGGUUGUAGUUGACUUCUAUUCUCCUGGCUGUGGUGGUUGCAAGGCUCUACAUCCCAAGAUCUGUCAGCUGGCUGAACUGCAUCCAGAUGCAGUUUUUCUAAAAGUGAACUAUGAAGAACUCAGAACUAUGUGUCAAAGUCUCCACAUUCAUGUCCUUCCAUUCUUUAGAUUCUAUAGAGGAGCUGAUGGACAUCUGUGUAGCUUUAGCUGCACAAAUGCAACUAUAAAAAAAUUCAAAGAUGCAAUGGCCAAGCAUGUUGGGGCUGAGACAUGUAGUAUUGGAGCGGCAAAGGGAUUAAACGAGUCAGAGAUACUAAAACUAGCAUCAAUUGGGGAGUUAUCCAUAAACUUACCAUUACCAUCCACCGAGGAAGAAAGAGUGGAUGAUUUGGUUGCAGGAAGUAUGGAUUUAUGUGGGGUUUUGAGCAAAGCAGAUAAUAAGAUGGAAAUGGAACUUGAAGCAAAAGGUGCUUUAGUCUAGCAUUUAAAGCGUGGUGAUAUUAUGGUAUUUUUUUUUUUUUUUUUGGGUUUGCAAUU